UCGAGGGAGAACUUGCCCGGGCCUCGGCGUUUGUGUUCCUCAAGGGAACAACCGCUCGGACCGGUUUCCCCGGGGCGGGGAGGGUGGGACGCUGCAAGGAAGGACAUUGUCAGCGAGCCCGCCGCCAUUUGGGCUCCCUCGGCGAGGGACGAAUCACUCCCGACCUUCUUGGAGCGGGAGAAGAGGCGAGGGGGCGGGAAAACCGGACGGCGCCCUGUGGGGUCAAAGGUCAACGGGCUGGGCAAUGGAGAGCUUCAAUGAGCUUCUUCUCAAACUCAGGGAGGUCCAUGAGCGAGAGCUUGAAGGCUGGCAGAUGAAGGUCCAAGAGUUGUCCAACAAGAAAGGCUGCGACACCAAGCGCAUGGAGGAGUUGUUCGCCAGGAACCAGCAGAUGAAGGAGCAGCAGCGAUUGCUCACCGAUAACAUCAAGACCCUGGAGAACAGGCUGAGGGCGGGCUUGUGCGACCGCUGCACGGUCACUCAGGAUGUGGCCAAAAGGAGGCAGCAGGAGUUCGAAGUGUCGCAGAUGCAGACCCUCCACCACGUCACGCUGCUGGGUGGAGAAAUUAAUAGCCUUAAAAAGGAAAACAGGAGAAUGAGAGACGAGAUCGUCAAUUUAAGAGAAGCACUUAACAACACGCCCUCAGAGGUCAAACCCAACAUCUCCCCCGGCCUUUCGCCGAACUCCGGGCCGGUGUCGCUCAGCGCCGCGGCAAAGGUUUACGCCCGACCCGAUCAGCCAGCGGAUGGUGACGUUGCAGUGAAAACAGACACGCACGAGCAUCAGUCGGAGUUCAGACAGCUGCGAGCCAUGAGCAAGAGCCACUUUCCCAUUUCACUUUCCACUUACACGUCACCGUCCUGGAAGACGGAACACAACGCAGCAGGAGAGAGGAGAGCUCACAUCGCGGAGACCAUUGACCAUCAUCCCCUGAAGACCUCCUCCCUCUCCGACCUAAGUCCACAUUCUCUCAAGGCCCCCGUGCCCUGUCGUCCUCAGCCAAUCAAGAGCACCUUCCCCUGGGCUAUCCCUGAAUCUGCCGCCUGGGCACCCAUGGCGGGCGGCAGCAUGGUGCUGCACCCUUACCCCAAGUCCGGUCUCCCUGGUUUCCCCAACAUGGUCCCGACGAGCCAAAAUGGCAGCCUGCCGGGCUACGGGCCUCAGUGGCACAAGGCCGUCAAAGAACCCACCGUGGUGUUCCGCUUGAAGAACCCAUCGGAGCACGCGGGACAAAGCCCUGUGGCCAAGACCCAGGACAAGAAGGACGCUCAGCACAAAGAUCCAUGUGACGGUCCUCUGGACCUCUCCGACAGAGGAAAGUCCAAGACGGGCCAAACACCUCUGGCCUGGCAAGAAGGUUUGGACCGGAGACGGGACAAGGACGUGUCACCUGACGCGUCUCCGUCCUUACCUCCGGUCUCACAGCGAGAGGAAGUCCCAAACCACAAGCAGGCGGUAAAAGAGCAGGAGCAGAAUAAAGCGGCACAGGGGAAGGCGGAGCAAAGCAAGAAGGUUCCCACCCUCACGAUAUCGCUGCGUCCAGUCGUGGUGCUGGAGACUCUCAACUCUGAUCUUCACACACAAAACACAUCGACAAAUGGCAAGUCGCCAGCAGAUGAACCGGAGAGCUCGGAGGGGCAAGUGGAGGAGGAAGAAGAGGAAGAGGAAGUGAGUGUGUCAGGACAGGACCAGGACCAGGUCUCCAAGAGGAGGAGACUAUCAGUGGAGGCGGACUUGGACCUGGACUCAGACUCUGACAGUCAGCAUCCAUCCCGGUUCCUCUUUCCCUCAAGUGAGCUUCUCUUUCCUCUCACAUCGUUUCAUGCUUCUCAUUUCCUCUCAGCGCCCGCACCAAACAAGAAGGUCAAGAUGGGCGUGAGAACUCAGGAGAAAACCUCAUGCUGACUGGACUGGACUGGACCCAAACUGUGACAAAACUCAUAAACACUCCAAUAUAAGGUCACCUUUCUUCUUCUGCCAUUCAUUGGGAGGCAGGCAGCAUGUCAUGCACUGUUGUUACUACCAAUAUCACAUUUGUCAUAUUUAGCAAAGUAUACAUCGAAUAAUGGAAAUGGAGGAAAAUCUGGGUGUGUUUAGCAUGGCCUUGUUUGCAUAGCAGCAUAUCAUGCACUCUCGUUACUAUCCUCUCAUCAUCAAAGCACUGCUACGAUAAAUGGAAUGCAAGAUUUAAGAGAAGCUUUAUCCAAAUGUGUCAAACGUAUCAAAAUAUCAGACAGAUCAUCUGGAUUUGGUUAUAGUGGCCUGGCUUGCAUUAAAGAAAGCAGCAUAUCAUGCACUGUCUUAACAAUAAAGGAGCGAUAUGCCAGUGUGUCAAAUGUAUUAAAGUAUAAAGUGAGUAAUAGAAAUGGAGGACAUUUCUCAAUUUGGUUAGUGUGACCUGCCUUGCGUAACAGCAAGCAGCCUAUCAUGCAUUGUCUUUACUAUUGGAGCGUCAUCAAAGCACAGACAG